ACAUCUCGGACAUUUGCUCCACCCAAAUAGGAUAUGCUUGCGGAGCCUAUGAGGGGCUGAAACUAUUCAACCUGAAUCACAACUUUUUCCCUGAUCGGGGGUAAAGUCCUGUGCGUGUCUAUGAAAUCACAUGGCAUUUUAAGAAUGCUUCAAAGAUGGCGGUUUGUGGUAACAGAGUGCAGAAAAGUGCAUGUUUGGAAGUGCUAGUACGGGAGCGAUGGCACGCGGUGCUGGCGAGUUUAAGCGACGAGUCACUGACGCUCAGCUGCGAGGAUCCCGCGACAGACACCAGCAUUAACCUCAACGGCAUCACCACCAACGGCUCCUACGACCAGCCGGACCCCACGAACAGUCCCAAAGCCGCAGUAUGGACUCCUUUCACGGACUCACAAGUUCCCGAAGCGAUUGCGAACCGUAAAAGAUGUGUCAAAGUUAUCAAGCAGGAGGUCGGUGGAUUAGGGAUAAGCAUCAAAGGCGGGAAGGAGAACAAGAUGCCUAUUCUAAUUAGUAAGAUAUUCAAGGGUCUGGCUGCGGAUCAGACUCAAGCGCUCUAUGUGGGGGACGCGAUACUGUCCGUGAACGGGAUCAAUCUGCGGGACGCCACGCACGACGAGGCGGUACAGGUGCUGAAGAAAGCAGGCAGAGAAGUUAUGCUGGAAGUGAAAUACAUGCGGGAAGCAACGCCAUAUGUGAAAAAAGGCUCACCGGUGUCUGAGAUUGGCUGGGAGACCCCGCCUCCUGAGUCCCCUCGUCUCGGCAGUCCUCACUUCGAUAUUCCUAGCCCCCCCUCACUGUCCUUACAGGGCGACCGAAGAUACAUCCCCCUCAAAAUGUGCUACAUCACCCGCAGUAUGACUGUCCCUGACCCAGAAAACAGCGUGCUUGAGCAGGACCCAAAAACCACUCAACAAAAUGAAGACAUGAAGCCAAACACCAAACCUGUGACGUAUUUGCACAACAUGUUCAAAGAAUAA